AUGCGACAACGAUCAACUUUUAACAUAACAAGAUCAAAAGUAAGAAAAAAUAAAUGUUAUUUAUUAUUUGAUGAAGGCUAUAUUGACUGUAUAUAUAUUAAAUUAAAUAAUGAUAAAUGUGUGAUUAGUGAUGUUAUACGUCAUUCAAUGUCAGGUGAAUAUGCAAUGUGUCAUUAUACCACUAUCGCAAACAAAUUAGCUAUUACAGAUCCCUGGUGCGAUUGUAAAAUCAAAGCUUAUACCAUAAUACCACCAAAAUUAACAACAACAGAACAACCGUGUAAAUGGAAGAAACCAACUUGUAAACCAAUUUUAGAUAUUUCUACAUAG